CAAACGCUGGAAUUGCAAUGCGAAUUUCAGCUACGAAUUUGUUUGGACAGUUUAGUUAGAAUACAUUCUGGAAGCUGUUCACACGUACGGGGGUGAAAAUACAAGAUGGAGGACGAACCUGUUAAGACAAAGUCAAAAAAAAGCAAAAGCGAGAAAAGUCGAAGAAAAGAAUCGGAUCCAGCCCAAGAUGAAAUAAAAAAGUUCAAGGAAAAUCUUUUGCAGUCUGCUCCCGUGGGAGAAUCAAUAUUAUCAGAAAACAAUGAUAUUCUUCUCGAGGAGCCGAAAGCUUACUCCUUAUCCAGAGCCAGGGAAUCCCUAUCCGUCCCUGCGAAUGUAUUGGCGGAGCUAGACGAAAAUAAAAUAUUCGAGCUGAAAGAGGCAUUCCUUCUAUUUGACCUGGAUGGAGACGGAUGUAUCGACCAAACAGAUCUACGGGGAACCUUGGUCAGUCUUGGAGAGAAUAUUGAUGAGCAAAUGAUUAAAAAUAUGCUUUCCGAGGCAGCAAACCCAUUGGACUUCGACGCGUUUGUCAAUCUACUGGGCUACAAGACUUUGGAACUUGACUCUGAAGAGACCCUUAUCGCAGCCCUUUCCCGCUGGGAUGUCGACAACACCGGAUUCAUAUCGGAAGAAACAAUUCGCCACGAUUUAAUGACAUGGGGAGAUCGUUUCACUGAGAAGGAAGCCGACUACGCUUUAGACGAAGCACCCGUCAUAAAGAAGGAUGGAUACAACUUUAUUGAUUACAAACAGUUUUGCGCCACUCUCUCAGGACUUCGAAAGCCUAACAAGAAAGCUUUGGAAGUCUAAGACGCUUUCUGAAUAUCAUUGUUAUUGUUUUGUUAUGUAAAUCGUGCUUGCAUUGAUUGUUUUUUAUUCUUUACGACAGUGUGUUUUAAAUAUAUUUUUCUAAAUAA